AUGUUAGAUUUUUCUUUCAAUCAUUCCGCCUCACCUGCUAUCCUCUUCCGCCUCACCUGCUAUCCUCUUCCACCGCACCUGCUAUCCUCUUCCGCCUCACCUGCUAUCUUCUUCCGCCUCACCUGCUAUCCUCUUCCGCCUCACCUGCUAUCCUCUUCCGCCGCAUCUGCUAUCCUCUUCCGCCUCACCUGCUAUCUUCUUCCGCCUCACCUGCUAUCCUCUUCCGCCUCACCUGCUAUCCUCUUCCACCGCAUCUGCUAUCCUCUUCCGCCUCACCUGCUAUCUUCUUCCGCCUCACCUGCUAUCCUCUUCCACCGCACCUGCUAUCCUCUUCCGCCUCACCUGCUAUCCUCUUCCACCUACCUCCCUCUUCCCGCCUCACCUGCUAUCCUCUUCCGCCUCACCUGCUAUCCUCUUCCGCCUCACCUGCUAUCCUCUUCCGCCUCACCUGCUAUCCUCUUCCGCCGCACCUGCUAUCCUCUUCCACCUCACCUGCUAUCCUCCUUCCACCUUAUCCUCUUCCGCUAUCCUGCUAUCCUCUUCCACCUGCUAUCCUCUUCCGCCUCACCUGCUAUCCUCUUCCGCCUCACCUGCUAUCCUCUUCUGCCGCAUCUAUGA